CUGGACGUCUAAACAGUUUAAUGCGUCUGAUAAUUACGAUUUUAACAUUAGUUAUUCAGCAAUCGAGAAAACAUUGUACUCGUUGAGACGUCUUCUUCCACACGAACUUGUCAUUUUGAUUGAAAAUCAAACAAUGAAAAAGAAGAAACUAAAAAGGAAACAACGAAGGCAACGAAUAAAGAGGAGAAAAAAUCAAGAACAAUCAAGAGAUGACUUUAAAGCGCUGUCAAUUACUUUGAUUCAAAAUGCAAAAUGGAAAGAAGUUCCAAAGAUAUUUUCAACAGUUCCGAAAAAACGGUCUUGUGCAGUCAUUGGAAAUUCUGGCAUCCUACUCAAUAGCUCUUGUGGAUGCGAAAUCGAUUCACAUGAGUUUGUAUUGCGUUCAAAUAUCGCUGCAAUUUUAGGAUUCGAAAAAGACGUUGGAUACAGACACGACUUUGUUUCAUUAAAUCAUGAACUUUCACGGAUUGCCACCUCUUGUUUAGAAAAUUCAUCGAAUCCAUGUUUUGAAGAAAUGGUGAAUAGGUUUAAAGUUUAUGACCAAUCAAUAAUCUGGCUUUCCAAACUUAGUGGUAAAACAUCGAAGGAAACUUAUCUCGGAGUAUUAUCGCAGCUGCAAAAACACAACAUAAAUCCAAAGAUUGCAUACCCUUUCACGUCGAUUAGAAGCCGUAUUAUAAGUCUCUGGAACAUAACAUUUCCAUCGUCAGGUCUUUAUCUCUAUACAGUUGCAGCAUCUUUAUGCGAUGACAUCUCCUUGUAUGGUUUCUAUCCGUUUUACACAUCAUCGGACGGUACGCAAUUAAAACAUCAUUAUUAUGAAAACAGAUCAAUGGACUACGCAAAAUUACAUCGCAUGCCGGAAGAAUUCAAAUUGUUCACAGUUUUACAUAAAUUUGGGUUUAUUCGAUUGGUUUUAGACAGAUGUUCACAAGAUAGUAGGAGAUUGUAA